AGAAAGACAGACGGAGAGACAAACACGUGAACAAAAAGAGGGAAUGCGCGCGCGCUCGCGUGUAUGAGAGCUUGUGUGAGGGCGGGGGAAUUUAGGGAUUGGGGGAGAGGGUUGAGGGAGCACAAACGUACUCUGUUUGUGCACGAUGCAUAGCAAAGUGAUAACGAAGUUCUUUGAUGCCGCGACAGAGUGGAGCGGCGACGAAAGCGGGACCUCCCACCCCGCACUGCAUCGACCAAAGUGAAUGGGAGGACGAGUGCAGGCGCCGCCUCAGCCACGAUGCAGGAGCGUAGCGCAAGGCCCUCGAGCCCCGUAUCGCUCGUCCGCCGGUAGCUCCACGCCACUGUCAGACGUAUAUGUGCGCGCCUGCCCGUGUGCGAGACAAGGAGCGAGAGGGUGAGAGGGAAUAACCGAGACAGAGAGAUUAAAGCCAACGAUCGACAACAUGCCGUCGUCCGCUGGUUAUUACGACGACAGGAAUCCGCUCCUCAAGGGCACCCUAUCCAGCGUGGAUCGGGACCGGCUUCGCGAGCGGGAACGACAGGCCCGGGUGGCUAUGUCGGUCCAGGCGGAGCAGGCGGCUGGACGGGGCGCCUCCGACACCCGUCACGGGCACCACCACCACGGCCAUCACAAUCACGGCCAAUCCCGCCACGGCCGCUCUCGCCCUUGCUCCAGUCAGGGUAAGUCUUUAGCCAAUUGUAUUGUUGAAGAUAGAGGCAUGGAACAUGGGGCGAACGCCGAUCGUGUCACGAGGAUUCACGGACGCAGCACUAACGCUAGUCGACCUCAUUACGUUCCUCAGGUGAACCCGGACGCCCACGACCGCACGACCCAACAGAUCCAAUCGAAGCUGGGCAACUACUCACUGGUGAAGCACCUUCUGGAUGAGCCCAAGAGGCUGAUCGGCAUUGAGGGUGUACCCGCGAGCCCGGCUCCGGUGAGUUCGGGCCAUCCGCGGCUGCCCUCCAGUCGUGGUUCGCCCUCCUCCGCCCAAGAGUUCAAGAAGCCCGGGGCCUCCGUGACUGGAGCCCCGAUACCAGCACCUUCCGUCACCUCCUCGCAGCGGGGCGGCUUCAUCAAACCCGCGGACGGGAAGCCACCGUACGGGGGCAGGGGCGGUUAUCCGGGACAACCGGUGAAGCACGGGGGCAGCAGCGGGGAACACCGGAGUCACGGCCUCAUACCGGCCAAGGGACCUCCGACACCGACGCCCGUCGGACCCCCACCUGCACCUGGUAUCCAGAACAGGCUACACACCGCCAGCGUGAGGUUGCCCAAGCUGCCCAUUGACGCCGGAUCGAGUUCCCGGCAUUUGAGUGCCGAUAGCACUGCAGAGGUGGAAACCAUCUUAAAGGAAAUGACAAUGCCUCCAACGCCUUUGACUGCAAUUGCUCAAACACCCAGAAAAGAAUUGGAAUCUAAGUUUACCUUCAAUCCUGUUCUUGCUAAGACCGAUGACUAUUACGACGACACACUUUCGUCGUGGAGGAACAGCGCGAGUCAAGCAGACAAGGACCUCUCGAGACUCUCGGGAACCCAAACAGAAUGCGCCAUCUGUCGCGGCACCUGCGAACCGAUUUAUUGCGACAUGACGCCGGAGAGUCCAAAUAUAAGUAUAAAGAACAAUGAAGAACUGAAGAACGGUAAAUAG